ACAAUGUACUUCAAAUAGUUCAAACUAUAGCUGCAAAUACAGACAUUGUCAUAACCUUAAAUACAUAUAAGAUUAUGUCAUAUUUAGACAACUCUUUUGUAUGGUAAUUGAUCUAAUGUCCCACUUAAUGCUAGGAGAAGUGGAGCUAAGUAAAUUCUAGUAAGUAAAUGUUUGGCGCUAUGCCCAGAGUUAAUAGGUUCUUAUCAUAUCCAUAUAUUACUGUGAGCAACCAGUACGAGGCUUACUUUGGAGACGGGACCAAACUGACUGUAUUAGAAGAGGGUCUCAAGCCCACACCACCAAAAGUUUUAAUUUUUCCCCCCUCUGAGAAUGAGAGACCCAGGAACAAAGAAGAGCGUAAAGCUAAGACACUGGUCUGUGUGGCCAGAGACUUCUACCCCGAUCAUGUGACAGUGUCCUGGAAGGUCAAUGAAAUUCUCAGAACACCAGGGGUAUCUACUGAUGAAGCCCCCCGGAGGAUUGGUCAAUAUUACACCAUCAGUAGCCGCCUCAGGGUUGAUGCAACAGAGUGGAACAAUCCAGAUAACAGUUUCACCUGCAUUGUCAGUUUCUACGAUGGGACUACUCACACUGAUUACCCUGCUGAAAUUAACGGCAAGAAAGGAAACGCACAGGAUGAUGAAGGUGGCCUGACAAGAGAGACAUACCUGAAGAUUACUCAGAAUGCCAAGCUCUCAUAUGUGGUCUUCAUUGUCAAAGGUGUGGUCUAUGGGCUCUUUGUCGCUUUCCUGGUCUGGAAGAUUCCGCGUUCAAAUGGAAAACAAACCUAAGUCCAAUGGAGAUUGAAGUUAACGUCUAUAGAAGAACCGUCUCGUCAGUGUAACCAGAACUGAUACUUAGUGCUUAGUUUAGCAGAUCAUAUUUUGUAUAAUCUCUAUAUAUUUUUAUCUGGCAUUUCUAAAUCUGUAGUAGUGGUGAGUGCAUUUUAAUCUUUCCCUAACCCACACUCCAAAGCACUGAUGUGUUAAAAUGUGUAUCUAUAAAUAUACUGAGUUUUAAUAGUUGUGUAUUUGUAAACAGCUGACUAUUCACAUAUCUGCUUAAAGCUUUAUUAUUUAAAGUGUGAUGUAUGUACAUAAUGGUAUCAUUGCAUAACUUUUUAAUAAACAUAUUUGUCCUUA